CGCAGUCACGUGCUCGCCAGUCGUCACGGCUGCAUGAAGCUCCCGCAGCACAGGCAGCUAGCUCGCUGCUAGCUGUCAAACACCGAAUCCUGCGGGAUAUCAGCUCAAAACAACGGAUAGAAAAAGCUGAAACAGACCACAGCAUCGCGCAGGGCAAUGGGAUGAAACACACCUUGAAUCUGAGCAUCGUGGAUCUGUGUUUGGCGAGAUAUGAAAGCUACACACUAGCCAACUGCUCAUGACUCUUUAACAACACAACAAAACACAAGAGUUUCAGUUUGGACACGGGACUCAAGAGGGAUGGAGUGGGACAAUUCUGGGACAUUUGACAAGAGUCGAGCAUCUAAAUAACUGUUGUGCAGCAAUGGUUUUCUUAUAUUCGGUUUGUUAACUAUUGUUCUGUCAACUGCCGGCAGAUUAUACAGUUGUCAGGGUGUCUUAUUCUGGGUGAUUUAUCUACGCGUGUUUGGUCGACCAUAAGAGCUCCAGUAUGCAUGACGCAUACGAACCAGUUCCUAUCCUGGAGAAGUUACCCCUCCAGAUCGACUGUGUGGCGGCCUGGGAUGACUGGCUCCUUGUGGGGACCAAACCAGGCCAUCUCCUUCUGUACAGGAUCAAGAAAGAUGCAUGUACAAACAGGUUUGAAGUUACUUUAGAGAAAUCCAAUAAGAACUUCUCAAAGAAGAUUCAGCAGCUUUUUGUGGUGUCACAGUACAAGAUUUUGGUUAGUCUGUUGGAGAAUAACAUCCACGUUCACGACCUGCUCACGUUCCAGCAGAUAACUGUGCUGUCCAAAGCCAGAGGAGCCACACUGUUUGCCUGUGACCUGCAGCAGUCCAGCUCAGGCGAGGCCAAACUGCGCAUGUGUGUCGCAGUCAAGAGGAAAAUCCAGCUGUAUUACUGGAAGGACAGAGAUUUCCAUGAACUACAGGGGGAUGUCACCGCCCCAGACGUUCCCAAGUCCAUGGCUUGGUGUGAAAACUCCAUAUGUGUGGGCUUCAAACGAGACUACUAUCUGAUCCGGAUGGACGGACGUGGCACAGUCAAAGAACUGUUCCCCACAGGGAAACAGCUGGAACCGCUGGUGGCCCCGCUGGCCGAUGGGAAGGUGGCAGUGGGUCAGGAUGACCUCACGGUUGUCUUGAACGAAGAAGGCGUCUGCACUCAGAAAUGUGCCCUUAACUGGACGGACAUUCCUGUUGCUAUGGAGCACCAGCCGCCGUACAUCAUCGCAGUGCUGCCCCGCUAUGUGGAGAUCCGCACCCUUGAGCCCAGACUGCUGGUGCAGAGCAUAGAGCUGCAGAGACCGCGCUUCCUCACCUCCGCCGGAUCAAAUGUGGUGUACGUCGCCAGCAAUCACUUUGUCUGGCGUCUGGUGCCCAUCUCUAUAGCCAGCCAGAUACGACAGCUGCUGCAGGACAAACAGUUUGAGCUGGCGCUUCAGCUAGCGAAAAUGAAGGAUGAUUCAGAUGCAGACAAGAGACAGCAGAUCCAUCACAUUCAGAACCUGUUCGCCUUCAACUUGUUCUGUCAGAAACGCUUCGACGACUCCAUGCAGGUGUUUGCUAAGUUAGGCACAGAUCCCACGCAUGUUAUUGGCCUGUAUCCAGACCUCCUUCCCACUGACUACCGCAAACAGCUGCACUACCCCAACCCUCUGCCCGCGCUGUCUGGAGCCGAGCUGGAGAAAGCCCACCUGGCCCUCAUCGACUACCUGACGCAGAAACGCAGUCAUCUGGUGAAGCAGCUGAACGACUCGGACCCCUCCACCACCUCUCCUCUCGUGGAGGGGACCCCCACCAUCAAGAGCCGCAAGAAGCUGCUUCAGAUCAUCGACACCACGCUGCUCAAGUGUUACCUCCACACCAAUGUAGCUCUAGUGUCGCCUCUCCUGCGUCUGGAGAACAACCACUGUCACAUAGAGGAGAGCGAGUAUGUGCUGAAGAAAGCCCACAAAUACAGCGAACUCAUCAUCCUCUAUGAGAAAAAAGGCCUUCACCAGAAAGCUCUGCAGGUUCUGCUGGAUCAGUCCACCAAAGCCAACUCUCCUCUGAAGGGUCAUGAGAGGACUGUUCAGUAUCUUCAGAGGCUGGGUGUUGAGAACCUGGACUUCAUAUUUGAGUUUUCACCGUGGGUUCUGAAGAUCUGUCCAGAGGAUGGACUGAAGAUCUUCACUGAGGACCUGACGGAGGUGGAGACUCUGCCCAGAGAUAAGGUGUUGAACUUCCUGAAGGAGGGCUUCAAGGAGCUGGCCGUCCCGUACCUGGAGCACAUCAUUUACAUGUGGGACGAGACACGGCCCGAGUUCCACAAUGUUCUGAUCCAGCUCUACCUGGAGAAGGUGCAAGGCCUCAUGAAGGUGUACCUCAACUCACUGCCUGAAGGUGUUCCAGCUGUAGCUGCAGGAAAGGAGGCAGGAGAGCUGGGAGAGUAUAGGAACAAGCUUCUGUCAUUUCUGGAUGUUUCCAUCAGCUAUGAACCAGAGAGACUCAUCAGUGAUUUCCCAUUUGAUGGUCUGUUGGAGGAGAGGGCUCUUCUUCUGGGUCGUAUGGGGAAACAUGAGCAGGCUCUCUUCAUCUACGUUCACAUUCUCAAAGACACACGUAUGGCUGAAGAGUACUGCCACGGUCAUUAUGAUCCAUCAGCAAACGGCAAUAAAGAUGUGUAUCUGUCCCUGCUGCGCAUGUAUCUGUCUCCUCCAGAUGUGCACUUCCUCGGGCCCAUUAAGAUGGAGUUAUGUGAGCCACAGCCGAACCUCCAGGCGGCCCUGAGAGUCCUUCAGCUGCACCACAGCAAACUAAACACCACCAAAGCUAUAAACCUGCUGCCAGCCAACACUCAGAUCCGAGAGAUCCAGGUGUUUCUGGAGAGUGUGCUGGAGGAGAAGGCUGGGAGGAAGCGCUUCGACCAGGUCCUGAAGAGCCUCCUUCAGGCCGAGUUCCUGCGGGUGCAGGAGGAACGUAUCUUUCACCAGCAGGUGAAGUGUGUCAUCACAGAUGAAAAAACCUGCAGGGUGUGCAAGAAGAAGAUCGGAAACAGUGCCUUUGCCAGGUAUCCAAACGGUGUGGUGGUCCACUACUUCUGCUGUAAAGACCGCAGCGUGUGUCCGGUGGAGUAGUCAAACACGCCGGGCACAGAGAGCGUCCGAAGGAAACCAGUCUCUCUCGAUUUCUCUCCCACUCUUUCCAGUGGAAUGGAAAAGCCGGCACGUCUGACUGAUAAAAAUAAAUCAACUUCCAAAGUAAAAAAGAAAACUCUGGACAGUGAGACUAAAUUCAGAUUACUUUGAAAGCUUGAUCUAGAUGCACGACACGGCCCCAGAGAAGCACUUAUUCCCUCACAUCCCACCUUUUCUUCUUCGCGUACAGUGUACCUUUUCAUUCAACAUGACGCUUUGUCCCGUGCCUUUAGUGGCGAGUAAAGGCCUGUGUUUGUGUGCCCCUUCAGGUGCUCAGGACUGUUACUCCGAGCUGCUCUGCUUCGCUCUGUUAGUCUGAGAUGAAAUCAGACUCCAGAUAUAAACCUUAAUGUGGGCCCUCUACAGAAAGGCCAGCACUGGCACACACACACCGCAGAUCAUUUACAGUCAAAUACUGGACAGGCUUGUCCUCAGUCUUAUUUAAUUACAAGCUACUUCUAAACUAAAUACGGUAUUUUUAGUAAUCCGGUAGUUUACCAAAUGCAUUUAUCAAUGCAAUACUGUAAUUCUUUUCCACUAAAUUGCAAUCUGGUAAAUUACUGAAUUAUUAAAUAAAGCAUUUUUCUGCAUUCUGAAAUAAUUGAAUUAGUUACUGUCUGGCAAAUUCUGGCGUACCUGUGUUUUACUGUAAAUUUGACUGUGUUUUUCUGCUAUGGGCUGUCAGAUGGAAAGAAGAAUGCUUCCUCUAGUUUCUAAGAUGACUUGUUUACGGCUAGACGUCUGGAUGUGUGUGUGUGUUUUUUUAACAAAGUCAUUGUGUUUAAUGUUUCGAGUGGUUUGGGUUGUAUGAGGUUUCAGAGAGCGGAGCGAUGACUCUACAAUCACUGUAGCAUGCCACUUUUUCUCUCUUGGUAACUUGAGUGGUUUUAAUUUAUUAUUAACACAAUGUCUUUACUGUAAGGAAUGUUUCACCUAUGUGUGCAAUCAUGUCACAGUGUUUUUCUGGCUUCCUAUUCCAUCUGUCCACUUAACACUGUUGUCAGAUGCUUGUUCUUUGAGUGAACUGUAAACCACGACCUGAACUGUUGCUCAAACAAAGACACGCUCUCUUACAUCGAAUCCUUUGUAACAGGCCUGAAGUGUAUCGGUUGAUAUGGAUGUGAAUGUGGAGAUUGUACAUUGAAUCUGAGGUGAAAGACAAAUCUAAUAAACAUGCAUCUUCUAUUAA